UGCUCUGGGCGGCGGCGGCGGCCCCGGCCCCGGGGGGCGGCCCCGGGGGCAGCCCCGCUCCGGGAACCUUCGGCCGCCUCUACCGGGGCGCCGUGAACAUCAGCGCCGAGCAGCUCUACGCCUUCGCCUACCGCAGCCAGCCCGGGCAGGUAGAUGCAGUGCGCGUUUACGUGAACAGCAGCUCCGAGAACCUCCAAUAUCCUGUCCUGUUUGUAGUUCGCCAGCAGAAGGGAGUAUUGUCAUGGCAGGUCCCACUAAUUUUUCGAGGCCUCUACCAGAGGACCUACAAUUACCAAGAAGUGAGUCGGACCCUCUGUCCCUCGGAGCCAGCACCUGAGACAGGACCAUCUGAACAGAUUAUAUUUGUGGACGUUGCUUCCAUGGCACCAUUUAAUAUUGCGUAUGAGCUGCUAGUGACCAGGCUUGAGAGCUUCCAACUUGAGACCAACAAGCCCUUUAACUUCACCGCCAGCCCUUCCCAGCCCCAGUAUUUUUUAUACAAGUUUCCUCAAGAUGUUGAUUCAGUUAUCAUUAAGGUGGUGUCUGAUGCAGUCUACCCGUGUUCAGUUGUCUCUGUCCAGGAUAUUGUGUGCCCAGUGUAUGACCUGGACCAUAACGUGGAGUUCAACGGUGUUUACCAGUCCAUGACAAAGCAGGCAGCCAUCACGGUGCAGAGAAAGGACUUCCCAGGUGAGCAGUUCUUCGUUGUGUUUGUCAUCAAGCCAGAGGAUUAUGCCUGUGGGGGUUCUGUGCCUUCUUCCAUCCAUGGAAAUGUCAACCGUACCUGGAACCUACAGCGGACAAAGAACCUUCAAGUGACGAUCGUGCCCUCUAUUAAAAGGUCUGUUUACAUCCAGGCCAUGUUCUUCAGCUUCCUGAGCUUCCUCUCCUUUUACCUGGGCUCAGUGGUUGUUGCUUUCGUGCACUAUAUCAGGGUUCGGAGGAAGGCUUCAUCUGGAAGAUUGAGUCCUGAGGAUGGAUCUGGGAUUAUGACGUCUUCGCACCCCAUCACAUCCAGCACCCCCGAGGGAAGCAGCUAUGGUGCUAUUGAUGAGUCUAGCUCCAGUGGUGGACGGCAGUUGUCUUCCCCUGAGCGUGGGCCACCAGCUGGUUCUGACACAGACAGUUCUGUGGAGGAGGAGAGCGACUUCGACACCAUGCCAGAAAUUGAAAGCGACAAGAAUGUCAUCCGCACUAAAGUAUUCCUCUAUCUCUCAGACUUGUCCAGGAAGGACCGAAGGAUUGUCAGCAAAAAAUACAAAAUUUAUUUUUGGAACAUCAUCACCAUCGCAGUGUUUUAUGCCCUGCCCGUCAUCCAGCUUGUCAUCACCUACCAGACGGUAGUGAAUGUGACAGGCAAUCAGGACAUCUGCUACUACAACUUUCUGUGUGCUCAUCCCCUCGGGGUCCUGAGUGCCUUCAACAACAUUCUCAGCAAUGUGGGCCACACGCUGCUGGGUUUUCUCUUCCUCCUCAUUGUGUUGCGCAGAGACAUCCUCCACCGUCGGGCCAUGGAGAUGAAAGAUAUCUAUACCCUGGACUAUGGGAUCCCAAAGCAUUUUGGUCUUUUUUAUGCUAUGGGCAUCGCUCUGAUGAUGGAAGGCGUGCUCAGUGCCUGUUACCAUGUCUGCCCUAACUACUCUAAUUUCCAGUUUGAUACCUCCUUCAUGUACAUGAUUGCAGGACUGUGCAUGCUUAAGCUCUACCAGACUCGCCACCCAGACAUCAAUGCCAGCGCCUACUCUGCCUAUGCCUCGUUUGCUGUGGUCAUCUGUCUGGCUGUCCUUGGAGUGGUGUUUGGGAAAAAUGGUAUGUGGUUUUGGGUCAUUUUCUCGAUGAUCCAUGUGCUGGCCUCACUGGCUCUCAGUACCCAGAUCUACUACAUGGGCCGCUUCAAGAUUGAUGGCCCUGAUUCAGACUUGGGGAUAUUUCGUCGGGCAGCGAUGGUGCUGUACACAGACUGUAUCCAGCAGUGCAGUCGGCCGAUGUACAUGGACAGGAUGGUGUUGCUCAUCGUUGGAAACCUGGUCAACUGGUCCUUUGCUAUCUUUGGGCUGGUGUAUCGGCCCAGAGACUUUGCCUCCUACAUACUGGGCAUCUUUAUCUGUAACCUGUUGCUGUAUCUGGCUUUCUACAUCAUCAUGAAGCUCCGCAGCUCCGAGAAGCUCCUGCCCAUCCCUCUGUUCUGCAUUGUGGCCACAGCAGUGGUGUGGGCGGCUGCCCUCUACUUCUUCUUCCAGACCCUCAGCAGCUGGGAGGAGACUCCAGCAGAGUCCCGGGAGAAGAACCGGCCAUGCAUCCUGCUAGGCUUCUUUGAUGACCAUGAUGUCUGGCACUUCCUCUCUGCAGCUGCUCUGUUCUUCUCCUUUCUGGUCCUGCUGACCCUGGAUGAUGACCUGGACACGGUGCGCAGGGACAAGAUCCCGGUGUUCUGAGCCCCUGGGGGACGGAGGCGUGGGGGCGUCCUCAAGCCCCGUGGCUGAAGCGCCGGACCACUGGUGUCUGUGGGGAAUGGGCUUGCUUCAGUGGCCUGCAGCCCCGUGGGAGCGGAGGAGCCGGAUCCCACAGCAAGCACCAAGGGGUGCUGCGGUAACUGAGGCAGGACUGGGAGGGAAGAUGAUGUUUGCUCCUUUGCUACCACACCCUCUGGGGCAGGUACAACCCAGCAGCUGCAACCAGCGUGCAGCCCUCUGUCUCGUGGGUGCAGCAGGUACUGGAGGCAGUGAAGAGGGUGGAAACAAGAGGUGUUCAUAACACCUUUGCUUCCUUUCCUCCCUGCCAAUGUGCUCUGCUUCCUCUCCAGUGAGUUUGAGAAGUGCAACACAGCUCCUCCUGCAUCGGCAGCCAGUGCCUAUUCCCUGCAGGCUGCUGCCCUUGGAGGGUCCCUUUUGGCAGCCCAGGGGGAGCGUUUGGCUUCUGUCCCACCGCCACCCCAGCGUGCAGAACAGCUGCCGAGUGAGCAAAGGCCUCCAAGCUGAGGUGGCAGCAGGGGACUGCUUUCUCUUCUGCAGGAGAGGCUCUUCCUGUAGCUGGUGAGGAGCUACAGUAACAAGAGGAACAUGUCCAGGGGCUGCAGUGUUGGAUGUGGAUGGUGGACUAGGGCUGCUCACAAGUGCUCUGCCAGAGGCAGAGCCUCACCUUGCUAUUGCAGCCGCUCUCACUCACACAUGUUAAACAGCCUCCCGUCCCUUAUCUGGCAGCUCCUGUGCAACAACUUGUCAGUGCGAUGGUCUCCUUACAGCACCAAAUGUGCUGUGACCAUGAAGGAGAUGGAGUGGUGAAGCCACAGCCCAGCAUGCUGGGUCGCUCCUUGGUUCCUGCUCCAUGGUCCAGUCCAGGAGCCUCGCUAAAGGGGUAGGGGAGAGUAGGGAAGCUGUCCAGCAGCCUCAGACUUUCUCUUCCCACAAGCUUUGGGAAACUUGGCAAAGCAGGUUCCCAUAAUUGCUGGGGUGCAGAGGAGGUCUUGGGGACAUUGGGGUUGAGCUCUUUAUCUAGAGAUCUGGACCAAACUUUCUUCCCCCCACUUCUUCAACUUUUCUGCAUUUGAAGUUUUUUAAUGUCUUCACAUUCUUCCUGAAUGAUCAGUUAUUUAAAAAAAAAAAAAAAGAGAGAAAAAAAGAAAGAGAUGUGAAUUGUUGCAGGUGUUGCAUCUAAAAUGUGACCUGCUUUGCUAAUUUUGGAUUAAAACUAUUCUUU